AUCGGAGAGCCUGAGCUCUGGGAGGUAGAAGGAAGAGGAAGAGCAUCCCACCUUUCUCUCUGCAGAGGCAGGUCCCAUCCUUAAAGCUCCAGGAAUUUCUCAUCCGGGAAGUGGCAACCUUAGAAUCUCAGUGAGAAAAGCAGACUACAAAUAAAGCUAAAAUUCAAUAUUCCUAUUGACAUUCCUAGAGUUUUGUAUUGUGAGACUAUUUUAAUCAGACAAGGAAAUGGAGGAACCAGAUCCUACAGGCCUCACCUUAAUGGAAGCCCUUCAUGGCCACCAGGCUGGGUUUGUGAGGGAAUUCCUGCACAGGCAAUCAGCAGAACAGAUGAAACGGGAACCAAGAGAGGGAUCCCUUCAGCAUUGGGAAGUCCAGUGGCAAGAGUUCCUCAAGACUGUGGAGACGCCUCAGCCACAUUGGGCAGGUUCAGAGUUGCCACAGGAGCCCACACCAUGGGAUGAUGCCAAGACCUUUCUAUCUUCUUUUGAGCAAGUGGCCAAAGCCUGCCAGUGGCCCAAGGAAGAGUGGGUGGCCCGACUCCUGCCAGCCCUCAGCCAUGAAACUGAGCAAGCUUUCAUUAGCCUGAAUGAUAAGGAUAGGAGGGAUUAUGGGAAAGUGAAGGCAGCCAUCUUGCAAGGAGACACCUUGAGGAGGGAGAAGCAGCGUCAAUGCUUCCGACAUUUCUGCUACCAGGAGGCUGAAGGGCCAAGAGGGGCUUACAGCCAGCUCCAGGAACUCUGCAACAAGUGGCUGAGAGUGGAAAAUCACACCAAGGAGCAGAUCCUGGAGCUCUUGAUCUUGGAGCAAUUGCUGAGUGUCCUUCCCACAGAGAUCCAGAGCCGGGUGAGGGAGAGCGGACCUGAGAGCUGCUCCCAGGCAGUGGCCCUGGCUGAGGAGUUCCUCUCAAGGCAGCAAGAGGCACAAAGAUGCAACGAUCAGGUGGUGUUUGAAGAGGCUUUUAAAGAGGUGACAGCGACAGCCUCUGAGGCAGGCCAGACUUCAUCUGACCACAAGCUGCGGCACUCGUAUAUGGAAACGAAGCAGAAGGAGUAUGGGGAAGCCAGCCUGUUAGGUAAAGAGGGCAGGCCAGCAGGCAAUGAGUGGGACAGCCAGAUGGAAAAGAAACAACAUGAGUUCUUGUCAGGAAGACCUGAACAGGAGGAACGGAAAGGAAUUUGCUGGAAUCAAGAUAAAGCUAAGGGGCAAGAGUGGAAUGUAUUGAAAAAUACAGAUAAGUCCAUCCUUUGCCAGGGUGGAAACUUCCAUGAAAUCCCAGUACAAGAGGAGAAUCAAACUGAAAUUAAAAGAAGGAAGCUCCUUGGUGCAGAUUGGAGAAUGCACACAGUAGAGCAACCAAAUAAAAGCUUCACAUUUGGAAAGACUUACAGUCAAAGGAGAAACCUGAAUAAACACGAAAUGCUCCAUGAAGGACAAAAGCCAUAUAAAUGCUCUGAAUGUGGAAAGAACUUCACAAGGAGCACAAGCCUUACUUCUCACAAAAGAGUCCAUACAGGAGAAAAACCAUAUAAAUGCUCCGAGUGUGGAAAGAACUUCACCAGGAGCACCACUCUGACUUCCCACAAGAGAAUCCACACAGGGGAGAAGCCAUACAAAUGCUUAGAGUGUGGGAAGAAUUUCAACCGGAGAACAAAUCUCACUUCACAUAAAAGAAUGCAUACUGGGGAGAAACCAUAUAGAUGCUCAGAGUGCGGAAGGAGGUUCGGUGAUCAGUCAAGCCUUGUUAAGCACAAGAGGACCCACACAGGAGAGAAGCCCUAUGAGUGCUCAGAGUGUGGGAAGGGUUUUACCACAAACACAAAUCUUACUUCACAUCUAAGAAUGCACACAGGGGAGAAACCAUACAAAUGCUCUGUGAGUGGAAAGAAUUUUACAACAAGCACAAAUCUGGCUUCACAUCAGAGAUCUCACAUUGGGGAGAAACCCUAUAAAUGCUCUGAAUGUGGAAUGAGUUUCAGUCAUAGCACAACCCUCACUUCACAUCAAAUGAUUCACACAGACAAGAAACAGCAUAAUUGCUUAGAAUAUACCAGAAGCUUUAGUGAGGUAUCAUGUCUUAAUGCAUAUCAGAUAGUAUACACAGGAUAAAAAAACCCAUUUGGGUGUAUGGAAUGUGAAAAGAACUUCAUUUAGAACACAGAUCUUAAUUCACAUUGAAAAAUCUUUCAAGGAGACUGUGCAAACAGAGUUUCCCAUACACACAAAGUAAUUACAUUCCCUAUGCUGUUAUAGACACAGUUAUAGCACACAAGCCGUAUCAGUAUCUAGCUAAAGUUCUUGGUGUAAAUCAGACUUGGUGUAAAUAGAUCUGAGAAGCUGUGACUGUCAGAAAAUGAAAAAUCAAUUCAGAUACUAAGGAGGGAAAGAAACAGUGGAAAAGUUUAUGUUGUUUUUAUUUGGUUACUACAUGUAUAUAUUUACACCUAAAAUAAUCUAUUUUAUUUGCUUCCUCAAAAGGUUAUUGUGACAAAAGUCAGUCUGUGGUAGAUUUCUCACAAGUAUGUGCAGACUUUGCAGUAAAAAGAUGAUCAAAGUCUUUAAUCACUACCCACUAUCCUGUGGACUCCAGUUCCAUGCUAUUCCACUGGACAGAAGAGAAAAUUCAAAAGGAAAAAUAGAAUUUGAACUAAGCCAUCCUCUUCUCUAGGAGUGAUUAGCUGAUCUGGCCAAUCCAGCGCAAAGCCUUGUUUCUGAUAUUGUUUCCAGUUAGAAAAUUACCAAAAUGAUACUCCUGCCCACCAAAUAGCUACCACGGUCCUGCUGAAACUGGUUCCCCUUGUCUCUAAAAAGGAUGAAGUUUGGCAAGAUGUUCCCAUAGGGGAAUAGGU